AAAGAUCUUCACGGUUCUAUUCCAGGAAUUUUAAUAUUCCUCAGAGUAUGUAAAAUUUUCGACAUUCCCUGGGAGAUUGGAAUCCACAAUAAAUUCCCAGAGUUCAAUUCAUCAUUGAUUAAAUGUACACCUCAUCAACAAAGAAGAACGAUCCUCCAAGUUUUCCAACCUAAAUUCUGACAUUUUUUAAAGUUAACAAAUCCUCAACGCUCGACUUAUUAAUGAAGGAAAAUAACCUUCGAAAUAUUCCAACUUAGACAAAUGAUUUCGGUAAAAUUCUGUUGUUUGAAAUAUGUAUGAAAAUGUGGUAUCCGUACCGUUUAAACUUUGCAUGCGCGUUACUCGAAUAGUCUUUGCGCGUGCCUGCCUCUUUUCCACGUGUCCUUGUAUACUAACGCGACUGCUUUUUCACGCGAGGCGUCGUUGAAAUCCAUUAAGUGGUUAAGAAGGGUCAGAGCCUUCGCGACGCGGAUCAAGAGCGAUCCGUCGUGGCGAGACACUUCUGCCAGUUGUAUCGGUGAACGACAUCGUGACGCUCCCGCGGCAUGAACUAUCGUUGACACGGCUUAACAAGCACGAGAAUCGCCGUGAUCGUAGCUAAUUCCUUGAUAUAAUCAAUGACGUCGAUUUAAAUCAUUGAAAAAAAUAUGAUUACGUGAACUUUUACACGGUACUCCAUGUUGCAAAUUGUUGCAUUGACAUUAAUAUUAAAUACAACUAAAUCUUUUCUUCAUGAUUGAAAAAACAAUAGCAUGGAAAAAGGUAUGUUACAAUGGGAAGAUUACCUGGUUAUAGCAGCUACAUUAUGCAUAAGUGUAGGCAUAGGCAUCUAUUAUCGGUUCAGUGGUGGACGACAAAAAACUAUGGAGGAAUAUUUCAUUGCCAGCAGGUCCAUGAGUAUCAUGCCUGUGGGUGUUGCACUAGUGGUUUCCUUCAUGUCUGCAAUCACCUUGUUAGGUGUCUCUGCAGAAAAUUACACAUAUGGAACGCAGUUUGUAAUAAUUAAUUUAUCAUACCUCAUAGGAACUCCUAUUGUUUGUUAUGGAUUUUUACCAGUAUUCUUUAAACUUCAAGCAACAAGCGCUUAUGAGUACUUAGAAAAACGUUUUGGAGUAAAAGCUAGGAUGGUGGCUAGUUUUGUGUACUGGCUGCAGCUGCUUUUGUAUUCCGGUGUUGUACUUUAUGCUCCUGCUUUAGCAUUAGAGGCAACAACAGGAAUUUCUAAAACUGGCAGCAUUAUUAUCAUAGGCUUAGUUUGCGCCUUCUAUUCAAGCAUAGGAGGCAUCAAAGCCGUCCUGAUCACAGACGUGUUUCAAGGAUUGUUGAUGUUCGUUUCUGUCUUUGUUAUCAUUAUUACAGCUGCUAUUGAAGCUGGAAGUAUAGGCAAAAUCUGGCAGAUAGCAGAAGAAGGAAGAAGAAUUGAAUUCGACAGUGUUUCGAUAGAUCCCACAGUUCGACAUACUUGGUGGUCGCUCACUAUUGGAGGUUUAUGCACGUUUCUAUCAUUGUAUGGUGUAAAUCAGGUUCAAGUGCAGCGUCUACUAACAGUGAAAGAUAUAAAAGCAGCACAAAAAGCACUUUGGAUAUCGUGGCCUAUUUUGACAACACUUUCAAUAACUACGUGUUUCUCAGGAUUAGCAAUAUAUAGUAAAUAUUACAAAUGUGAUCCGUUGCUUCAAAAGAGAAUAACAUCGACUGAUAUGCUGAUGCCGUUGUAUGUCAUGGAUACUAUGUCUGACAAGCCUGGUUUACCUGGUCUUUUUAUAGCAGGUAUUUUUAGUGGUGGUCUCAGCACUAUUUCAGCGGCAUUAAAUUCAUUGGCAGCAGUAACAUUAGAAGAUUAUUUGAAACCAGCAUAUAAAAAAUGUUGCGGCAAGGAAAUUUCUCUAACCAUGUCGACAACUGUAGCCAAAUUACUUGCCUUUUUUUAUGGAAUUAUUUCUAUUGCUUUGGCAUUUUUGGCACAAUUAUUAGGUGGUGUCUUGCAGGCUGGCUUAACAAUAUUUGGAGUAGUAGGUGGCCCGUUAUUAGGCCUUUUUACUCUUGGAAUGCUCACAGAAACAGCCUCAGAAACAGGAUCUGUAAUAGGUGCUGUUGUGUCUCUAGCAUUUCUAUUUUGGAUUGCUUUUGGACAACCCAGACCUAGUCCACCAACGCUACCAGUUACUGAUGUUGGUUGUCCAAAUGUAACCAUUUCUACCUCACAAGUGUCAUCGGAAUCGCAUGAUUACUUCUAUCUUUAUCGAAUCUCUUACAUGUGGUAUGCUCCGCUUGGAUUUUUGAUGACAUUCAUCAUUGGACUAGGUCUUAGCUACUGCUUGAACCGAAUAUCUAAACAACAAAGAAUCAAGGUAGAUCACAAUCUCUUCUUCCCUAUAAUAGGGAAACGUAUACGUCGUAGAAAUGAAAGCAUUUUCGAUGAUGAUGAGAAUGUGAUAUCAAAGAAUGAAAGCGCGCCUAAAAAGUACAUAUUCAACAUAAAUUCGGCUAACGAUGCGGAAACGUCGAACUAUUUUAAUACUACUAAACUUUAAUACAUAUUUAGUUAAUCAGUUAAGUAGCAUUUUAGAUUCUAAACAUUCCGUAUUUCGUAAGUUGGAUGGAACUUAAAAGAACAAAUUAAUUAAUUAUUCCUUCAGAGAACAAAUAUAUGUCCAAAGAAUAUUUAUUUAUAUUGUAAAAGUUUCUAAAUAUUUGUACUAUAAAAUUUAACUUGUUUGUUGUUUGGCUUUGAGAAAAAUGAAAUGAAUAUUGUCUAUUGUUAAAAUGUUAGAAGUAAUUUUAACCUUGAACCAGUUGAGUUGAAAAAUUGAUCAUUUGGACAUAUUGUAUUAUAAAAAUGUAUCAAGGUGUUUGCUGAUAUUUUAAAUUGAAUCAUAUUUGUUUGUUAUAUAGAUAAUGUUACACUGUUAUGCGAAUGUCUUCCAUCUUGUUCCUAAACUGCCGUUUUGUAAUUUUUGUACGAUUAAGUGAAAAGAUUUUUUGAGUAUGUAUGAGCAAAUUAGUUUGCUUCACAUAUCACGUGAAAUAUGAAUUUUUGGAAUAUCAAGUGAAAUUUCUUUUAUUUUAAAGAAUUUUCACAGAUCUGUUCAAUCCGUUCAAUAUAGAUACUUAACACAUUCACUCUUAAAAAUAUUGUACAAAAUACUUUAUAGAAUUGUGCUUUUCGAAAAUGUAAGAAAGAGCAAGUCUAAUUUUUUGUAUUUUAACUGAACAAGAAUAAUUUUUUUCACUUGAAAAUUAUUACACUAUUGUGUUACACUACAAAUUGCACAUAAUUUACAUUACAAAUUGUCAUUGCACAUAAUUUGCAUUACAAAUUGUCAUUGCACAUAAUUUGCAUUACAAAUUGUCACUGCACAUAUGUACUUACAUAAUGAUACUCUGUUAUCAAAAGAGACUAUAUUUUAGUUACCUCUGAAUACCAAAAGAUAUUUUUAUAUGAAAUAAUUCAAUAUACAGUGUCUUGUGGGUAACUCACUUUGCGAAACGUAUUCGUAGAAUGUAACUUUUUAAAUUUAUAAUGAGUUUGCUAGUGUGGUG